AUGGGUUGGCUACGUGCAGUAGUGUUGGCAUUAAUUAGCCAUGGGUUUGCGGCACGAGCCGAUUGGUUCGAUUCGUGUGAUCGACAGUUUCAGCUGACCAGCCUGGCGGAUGUAACGUUGAAUUCUCCACUGUAUCCAUCGAACUAUCCCGCCGGAAGUUCGUGUCGGUUUGCGAUACGUGCCCCGCCAGGGUACACAAUCCAGGCAACGUGUACUCUAAACAUGGCCAAUCCGACCUCCGCUUGCACUACGGACUUCUUGUACGUGUCCACGGAAGGUUUUGCCUCGCCUGUGGGUAGUGAAUUCUUCUGCGGCAAGGGACAGAUCGCACGGAAGUCACUGUUCAACAAGCUGACCAUCUCGUACAUCUCGUCCAGCUCAACCAACUCGGGAUCGUUUACGUGUCGGUUAGUAGUGCAGCCGCAGGAAUGUGAUUGUGGAUGGUCGAGAACAGCGAAGGUCGUCGGAGGUACUGAGGCCGGUGUAAAUGAGUACACCUCCAUGGUGGGACUGAUUGAUUCACUCACGGCGAACGUGUUCUGCUCUGGAACGAUAAUAAGCUCACGUUAUAUACUUACCGCUGCACACUGUAGUCGCCUUAUUCCGAGUGUGAGUCGCGUGCAGGCCCUUGUCGGUGAUCACGAUUAUCGCACCGGACUGGAUACACCCUAUUCGGCGAUCUACAACAUUGAACAGAUCAUUUCUCACGAGAACUACAACGACCAGACUCGCAACAACGAUAUCGCCCUACUGAGGACCACCACCGAGAUGGACUUCAACCGGGGCGUAGGACCGAUCUGUUUGCCCUUCAACUACAAUACGUACAGCUUCGCCGGGCUGUCGGUAGACAUUGCCGGUUGGGGUACGACUAGCUUCGGUGGUCCGAUGAGCACGGUGCUACGCAAGACAACGCUGAGCGUGUUGGAGAACGGGAGCUGUUCGGCACCGUACAUCACCGAUCAAAAGAUUUGCACCUUUGCAGCGGGCCGUGACUCCUGCCAGUACGAUUCGGGUGGCCCACUGUACCUGCGGGGAAGCCAACGCAUGUACACGAUCGGGAUCAUCAGCUAUGGGUCAGCCUGUGCAGCUUCGACACCUUCCGUAGCUACCCGCGUCACGGCCUACCUGAGCUGGAUCCGACAAAAAACACUCGAUGUAUCGUAUUGCGUUAAAUGA